AUGGAUCAUGUCAACCACACCUGGACCCAGACAUUCAUCCUUGCUGGUUUCAAUAGCUCUGGGAUGCUACGACAUUUGGCAUUCACAGGAACCCUGUGCAUCUACCUUCUCACCCUUGCAGGGAACUUGGUCAUCAUUGUCCUGGUUAAGGCAGAUUCUGGGCUCUCCACACCCAUGUACUUCUUUAUCAGUGUGCUCUCCUUCCUGGAGCUCUGGUAUGUCAGCACCACGGUGCCCACCCUGCUGCACACCUUGCUCCAUGGGUGUUCACCCAUCUCCUCAGCCCUGUGCUUCACACAGCUGUAUGUCUUCCAUUCCUUGGGCAUGAGUGAGUGCUACCUUUUGUGUGUCAUGGCACUGGACCGCUACCUUGCCAUCUGUCACCCACUCCACUACCAUGCACUCAUGAGUAGACAGGUACAGCAAUGGUUAGCAAGGGCCACGUGGAUGGCUGGCUUCUCAGCUGCACUUGUGCCAACCAGCCUCACUGCCACUGUACAGUACUGCUUGAAGGAAGUAGCUCAUUAUUUCUGUGACCUGGCACCCCUGAUGCGAUUGGCCUGCGUGGACACAGGCUGGCAUUCUCAAGUCCAUGGGGCAGUGAUUGGUGUGGCCACUGGAUGCAACUUUGUGCUUAUUUUGGGACUCUAUGGAGGCAUCCUGAGAGCUGUGUGGAAGCUGCCCUCAGCUGCCAGUCGUGCCAAGGCCUUUUCUACCUGCUCUUCCCAUGUGAGUGUAGUGGCACUGUUCUAUGCUUCUGCCUUCACCGUAUAUGUGGGUUCACCAGGGAGCCAAGCUGAGGGCACUGACAAGCUUAUUGCCUUAGUGUACACCCUCCUUACUCCAUUUCUCAAUCCUAUCAUCUAUACCCUUCGCAACAAGGAUGUGAAGGAAGCUGUGAGGAGGGUCAGUGACAGGAUCAGGACAAUUUGGAGGGGACCCUUAUGA